CGGGGAGGACGGAAGUGCGGCUCUCACUUCCGGCGCGGUCUCCAUAGCGACGCGGCGGCGGCCGCCAUGGGGCAGGAUUACUACGCGGUGCUGGAGCUGCGCCGCAGCGCCACGGACGCCGAGAUUAAGAAGGCCUACCGGAGACUGGCCUUGAAGAACCACCCUUUAAAAUGCAAGGAGCCCUGGGCGCCCGAGAGGUUCAGGCAGCUGGCGGAGGCCUAUGAUGUGCUGAGCGACCCCAUGAAGAAAGGCAUUUAUGACAAGUUUGGGGAGGAGGGGCUCAAAGGCGGCAUUCCCGAGGAGUUCGGCGACGACAACCCCUGGACUGCCGGCUACGUGUUCCACAACAACCCCAACAAAGUCUUCAGGGAGUUCUUUGGUGGAGACAACCCCUUUGCGGAGUUCUUCGCUGAGGACGGCUCGGAGUUGAUCGUGCCCUUCGGGGGGCUGCGAGGACGAGGAGCGAUGAAGCAAGACCCCCCGAUCGUGCGGGAUCUCUACCUCUCCCUUGAGGAUCUGUUCUACGGCUGCACCAAGAAGAUUAAAAUCUCCCGCAGGGUGAUGAACGAAGACGAUCAAACGAGCACCAUCAGAGACAAGAUUCUGACGAUCGACGUGCGGCCGGGCUGGAAACAGGGCACCAGGAUCACCUUCGAGAAGGAAGGAGACCAGGGCCCAAACAUCAUUCCAGCCGACAUCACCUUCAUUGUCCAAGAGAAACUCCACCCGAGGUUUAAAAGAACCGACGACAACCUCAUUUUUGUUGCCACCGUCCCGCUGGGAAAGGCGCUGACGGGCUGCGCGGUGCCCGUGAGGACGCUGGACGGGCGGUUGCUGAACGUCCCCGUCAAUGACAUCGUGGACCCCAAAUACUGUAAAGUGGUGCCAGGGGAGGGGAUGCCACUGCUGCACGACCCCCGGCGCAAGGGCGACCUCCUCAUCUAUUUCGACAUCUGCUUUCCCAAGAAGCUCACGCCUGACCAGAAAACGCUCUUGAGAAGUGCCCUCCUGUCCUAAGGGACGAGGGUUUUCCGCCUCUUCUCCCACCAAUAAAGCUCCGCAGCCACCGCUGUGACCGGGUGGAGGUUCUUCCAAGCACCAGGGACCCUAAAAGCACAGGACCACCCUCAAACGCAACACCCUGGACUCUGUUUUUCAUGGAUCCACUUUGUUUUCCAGACUUUUCUCCGUAGCUGCUCCCCCACAGCGGUGUGAAGGAUGAUGGAGGAUUUUGGGGGGGUCAGAGCGCUCCCAGCUCACUUUAUUUGGGAACAGCGAUGGUUUGGGGGUGACUGCGCAGUGGAAGACCCAAAGUGUAGAAGCACGGGAGCACCCGGGAGCACGGGAGCGGGUGAGGUUUGGGGCACAGGAACCGGCCCUGAAGGCAGAGACAGAGUUGCGCCAGGGGAGGUUGAGGUUGGAUGUGGGAACAAUUUCUUCCCCAAAGGGCUGUGGGGCAUUGGAACAGGCUGCCCAGGGCAGUGCUGGAGUCACCAGCCCUGGAUAUUAAGAUAUUCUUAGAUAUUAGGAAAACAUUUCUGCCUUUUCUGGCAGAAUGACCCUAAACCCCCCCGAAAAAAGGCGCAGGAGCCCCAAGCGCUGCUGCGAUCAGACCCCAUAGGGGCGGUUUAUUUGAAACAUCGGUGAGGAAUAACAGGGAUCGCUGCAUCCCCCGCCCUUCGACUCGCUCUCCCUGCCCACGCCGCUCGCCUUGUUCCCACCGGGAUGCGACGCUCUACCCGGCUGGAAAACCUGGAACCAUUUCUUCUUCCUUCAUAAACUUCUCUCUGGAAA